CUGAUGUCAGGCGAAGAAAAACUUAUUUUGAACGACUCAAUCUGAGGGCACGCUCCACUUCUGGUAACGACCUGUGGGAAUUCUCCCACGCGCCGCUCUCUCAGGUACACACCUAUUUAAUUCCAUUAUGAAUGAAGGGCGUGAACCGCAGAAGACAUCCUAACUUUGUGAACAUUAAAUGUGGACCAAUACUUAUUUUCUCUUGGAUUAUUAAAGCGAUGAUCCUCGUCCAGCCUAUUAUAACAGGUUUGAGAUAUUGAUUUGUAGUUGUUACUUACCAGCUUCGCUAUCUCCGGAAUGAUUCUCUGGAACCGGCACCUCAGGGACCCCCUGGUCUACCGUUAAUUUACAGCCUAGUCUCACCUGUCCGUGUGGAGUAACUUUUUGUUUGGACUUUUACGGCCGAGGACGGCCGACCUUCUAUCACAAUGAAUUCAGAGAGAGUUGAAUCACGAGAAAAUAGAACUGAGGCGGAGUCAGGCCCACUACCCCCAAAUACAGACAUGAAGCCUCCAGUGGAUUUGAUUGACACUGGGCGGAGCCUGAAGCUGCAAUCGGCCACACCCCAUCUGGUCAGCCUGGGGAGUGGACGCCUCAGUGUGGCUAUCACCAUCAUACCACUCAAUAAAGAAGUGACGCGUAUUGGCCGUGAGGACGCCUCAGUGCCUCAGGACAUCACCAUCCAGGGCCCAGGCGUUCGGGCAGAGCACUGCAUCAUCACCAACAGGUCAGGGUUCAUGACCCUUGACCCCUGCGGUAACCUGUGCACCCUUGAUGGAGUACCCAUUACCAGGCCAACCCAGCUGACACAAGGUGAGAGACAUGUGGCAGUGUGUGUGUGUGUGUAUGUUUGUGUGUGUAAGUGAGCAGUCUGAAAACUGAAAUACUUCUCAUUGACAUUAAAUGUGCAAUAGAAUACAGCUCUUCAGUGAUAUGCCUAAUAACAAUCAUGUUUUCCCUUCAAAUCAACCUUUUGUGUAAUCACGGUCAUCCUCCCAUCUUUUACUGCCUGUCUCUCCAUAUUUCUGUUUCUUUCUUCUCUCUCUCUCAUUUUUUCUUCCUUCCUCUUUUUGUUUCUUUUAUUCUUCAUUUUCUCUUUUAUUCUUCCUGUCUAUCUUCCUCUUCCCCCCUUUUUCUGUUCCAAUCACAGAUAACAGGCUUUGAUAAAGUGUUUAUAUAUGUAGCUUUAAUAAGUAAUCAUGUUUGAAGUGCUGUGUGUGUGUGUGUGUGUGUGUGUGGGUGUGUGUGUGUGUGUGUGUAGCAUUAACCUGGUCAGGGUGGCUCAGAAGGGACAACAAAAACAAGCAAAGUGGAUAAAUGACUUCCUCCCUCUCUCCUUCCCUGUUUUUCUCUCCUCCUCGCUCUACUCCCUCCCUCCCUCUCCGUCUUUCUUCAGGCUUGAGUUUGCCUCGUCUGUUUUUUUGUUUGUCUGUCUGUCUGUCUCCCUCUCUUUCACCCUCUCUCUUUUUUCUCUUUUUUGCCCUCUCCCUCUCCUUUCCUUCAGUGUAGAGUUCUCUGUCUGCCUGUUGGGCCUUGUCUCUGAACAUAAAUGUGUAUGCAGGGGUGUCUGAUGAUAUACUUGUGUGUGCAGGGGUGUCUGAACAUAUACAUGUGUAUGAAGGGGUGU